AUGACCACAGCUAAGACCAUGUACGACGCGUUGAUCGUGGGCUCUGGCCCCGGUGGCCUUUCCGUUGCGCUGGGCCUCAGUCGCACCCACCGGCGCGCUGCCAUCUUCACCAAACCCGGCGGUGCUGGCUUUCGCAAUGAGGGAGCUCCUGAGAUGCACAACUUCAUCUCGCGCGAUGGAAUAGCUCCAGAGGAAUUUCGUCAGAUAGCGAGCGGGCAGAUCAAGAAAUAUGGAACCGUUGAUUUCAUCGAGGCUGAGAUCGUGGCCAUGGAGAAGACGGAAUCCGGACCCCAGACCUCUUUCACUGUCACAGCAAAGAAUGGGGAGGUGUGGAAGGGUCGGAAACUGGCUUUGGCUAUGGGCUCGAUAGAGACUCUGCCUGAUAUCGAGGGUUAUAGGGAGAAUUGGCCUCAUAAUAUUUUUCAAUGUCUGUUCUGCGACGGACACGAGCGCUCUCACCUCCCCGGAGGAAUCUUGACAUUCCCUUCGCCAAUGUAUACGCACAUGGCUCAGAUGAUGAACCUGAUCAAGACUCCAACCUCUGGACCGCCAACUAUCUUCACCGACGGACCUGUGCCUGAAGUAGAAGCCAUGCAAAAGGCCCUGGAACAGGUCAAGGCAUUAAAGUGCAAUAUCGAGACCGGCAAGAUUGUGAAGCUCAUUCCUGCACAAGCGCCAGACGUUGGAGUCACGGUCGUGCUGGAGGGAGGAAAGGAAUGCAAGAUGGGCUACUUGGGCCACAAACCAUCGACAGUUCUGGCGGGUGCCGACAUGAUCGCCAAGCUUGGAGUCGAGAUCGAAGAGAACCCCGUGCUCGGCCCAAACAUCAAGGUCGUUGACCCGACCUUUUCUACUUCGGUACGCGGAGUCUUCGUCGCUGGUGAUGCAGCAACUCCCUUGAAGGCGGCUGCCAACGCAGCCAGUAGUGGAUCUACUGCCGCCGCGGGCAUUGUACAGCAGAUUCUCGCAGAAGAUAUGGAACUGCUCAUGGCAGAGACCAAGCAGGAAUGA